UUUGUUUGGACCCCGCCUCUUCCUGUGUCACUCAUGAGCUAAAUAACACAGCUAACACAAUCAACUGAAGUUUACAACAAAGACCUGGAUUUAUUCACUUAUAUCGUAUAUUAACAAACCAGAUCUGAUUCGGAUACAACUCAUCUCAAUCAGUGAUCAUCUGCUCCAACGUUGUUUUUAACUAAACUCUAAUGAGAAGAAACAAGCCACUGAAACACGUUGUGUUGCUAACCAGCUAGCUGCUGUUAGCGGUGAUGGCAGCCUCCACUCCUCCAGUGCUCUCUGCUCCUGUGUUCAGUCAAAAGCAACGCAAAGCUGCUCAGAGGAAAGAGAGAAGGAAACGGAAACGUCAGGCUCUCGCCCAGGCCAGAGACAGUGGUUUAAAAAACGGAGGAAGCUGUAUUCCUGAGGAAGAAGAACUCAAUGAUGAAGAAGAUGACGAUAAUGAUAUUGCGGAUGAGGAAAAACUGCGGCUGCACGAGGAGUGGUUGGAAAGAGAAAGACUUGCUCAGGAGGAAUUCAGGCUUAAGUCUGAGAAAGAAGAAGCUGCAAGGAGAAGAAAAGAGGAGGAGGAGCGGAUGAUAAAGGAGGAAUGGGAGGCCCAGCAGAGGAGAGAACAAGAAGCAACUGAGCAGAAACAGCAGGAGAAACGAGACAAAGAGGAGGCUGUUCAGAAAAUGUUGGAUGAAGCUGAAAAUCAGCUCGACAAUGGGGGACCGUGGAUGAAUCCUGAGGCUCCAGUGACAGAAAAAACGGAGAACUUUGGAACAGAACUCGAUGUGGCCAACUGUCCGUUCUUCCUUAAGACCGGAGCGUGUCGAUUCGGAAACAGAUGUUCUCGGAAGCACAGUUAUCCCACCUCCAGCCCAACUCUGAUGAUCCGCAGUAUGUUUAAAACGUUCGGCAUGGAGGAGUCACAUCGUGAUGAUUACGACAUCGAUGCCUGUUUGGAGCACAGCGAGGAGGACCUGCAUGAAUCUUUCGUUGAGUUCUACCAUGAUGUUCUGCCAGAAUUCAAGAGUGUCGGCAAAGUGGUUCAGUUCAAGGUCAGCUGUAAUCAUGAACCACACCUGAGAGGAAACGUUUACAUUCAGUUUGAUACAGAGGAGCAGUGUACAGAAGCCUUCAUCAAGUUCAAUGGGAGGUGGUACGCAGGCCGACAGCUUCAUUGUGAGAUGUGUCCUGUUACGCGGUGGAAGAAUGCUAUAUGUGGAUUGUUUGACAGACAGAGGUGCCCCAAAGGGAAGCACUGCAACUUCUUGCAUGUAUUUCGAAAUCCUGGCAAUGAAUUCUGGGAGGCCGACAGAGAUCAGCACUUGUCACCAGACCGUAGUGUCAGGGGGAGUCGCAGAGACGGUUGGCGUUCAGAACGAUACGGAGACCGAUCGUGGAGGCAGCGCCGCUGCAGCAGAAGCCCACCGAGGUCAGAGAGAUCCCACAGCAGGCGAGAGGACAGCAGGCAGAGGAGCAGGAGUCAAGAGAGGAGGGCCUCCCACCAGGACAAAGACGACCAGUGGUCCAGAUCCAGACACAGUGACAGGAGGACAGAUAGGUAUUUGAGAAGUAGAAGCAGAAGUAGAGACAGAGCGAGGAGUAGAAGUAGAGAGAGAGCGAGGACUAGAAGUAGAGAGAGAGCGAGGAGUAGAAGUAGAGAGAGAGCGAGGAGUAGAAGUAGAGAUAGAGAGCAUGACAGGCUGAGAAACAGAAGUAGAGACAAAGACUGGGAACACACGUACAGGAAUAAAAGUGAAGACGGAGACAGAAGAGAUGGAGAUGAAUACAAAAGGUCAAGAAGCACAAGCACAGAGAGGGAAAGAAACAAGCUAACCAGAGAAAGGAGCCCCAAGAAACCAGGGAAACAUAAGAAAAGAUCUAAUGAUGAUACAGACACACACUCUCGCCGCAAACACUCGAAGAAGAGCAAGAAGAAGAGCAAGAAGAAGCACAAGAAGAAAAACCAUUUGCCUGAAGGAACCACAUCCUCAGGAAAUUCGGAAAAGGAGAAAGAGUCUGAGGAAGAGAUGGAGAACAAUUCUGCUACGAGUCCCAGUGAACAGACGAAUGAAACAGAGCUAAUUCCUAAAAACUGUGACGUAGAUGUGAGCGUCGACACUGAGGAGCGUAGUCCUGAGUCUAAAACAGACACACCAGUGGAUCUGCUGGAAACAGUGACAUGAACGGCUUCUUGAUUUUAAUCAGAACUCUGUGUGUAUAGGAAGGAAUAAAUGUGAGUGGUGACGCAGUAAGUUAAUGGUGCUUUGAACUGAACCUGUGGAACUACAUGGAGUGAAAACAUCACAAGAAAACAUCAACACAUUUUUUCUUUCUCAAUACAUUUAUUGAUAAUAACUUUCAAACAUAAGAAAUGUGUCGGCAGUGUUUGAUAGAAAAGUAAUAGAUUUCUUUUGCACAAAUCAAAGAAACGUCUUUAAUAUUUGCUCAACAGAAACACUUUGUGGUUUAAAGAGUGCAGAUUAAAAAAAACACUGGACUGCCAUAACAUUUUGGGAUGAGCGUCUGUUUCGAACUUGUUGACUUAAAUAAGCCGUCAGUGAUGAAUAUUAUUGAUGUACCCUGAUAUGUGCAGUUCAUCAUUCCACGUUCCUGAUCCAUAAGGACACCGAGGAUACACCUGUCUUUAAAAGGACUGUAAUAAUAACAUAAUACUGGUGUGUGUUUGUAUAUAUAGUCAUAUAGCCAAAUAACCCAUACAUCCUCCCAUCGUAAAUCCCUUUUCUGCCACAUUAGACACCAUUGAGAAGGUAAAACACAGUGUUCUUUGGUCAUAUGUUAAUUCUUUCAGAGUAAGCCAACCUGUCAUCACAAUAC